AUGCUCCCUCUAAUACUUACUAUCAUAUUUUUCGCAUUCAAACAAUGUAGCGGUCAGUUAGGUUAUGGUGGUAAUGGUUACUGUUCUACUUGCGCACUGACUAAUAGUGGCUCAAUUUCGCGAGGAUUUGGCUUUGGUGGCGGCAAUUACGAUUUGACUGGCAAAAGUUUGUAUUCACUACCCACAAGCAACAGUCUAAUCAUUCCAAGCAGCUACGGCUAUAGUUCAAGCAGUUACGGUAGUGGUACAGGUUAUGGGAGCACCCAGACUAAUAAUAAUCUAAACUACGGUUCUUCCUCUGCAACUGGGAUACUGUCGAAUAGCGCAUAUAGUUCUGCUGGAAAUGGAUAUGUCAAUUGCUACAAUAAUAAUUGUUUACCAAGCAGUAGCCUUAAUACAGUUCCUACUGCAAGUAGUGGCAUAGGAUAUGGUAUUUCGGGAAGCAAUGCUAUUUACAAUCCCUAUUCGUCGCUACCAGACGCAAGUUACAAAACCUACUCGUUACCCUCGUUUUACAGUGUACCCCCAAACAUUUACACCAGUAACAGCCAUUCAGGUCUGGAGACUAGCUAUUCAUUACCGACAGCAUACAGCAGCUAUCCGGCAAUUUACAGUACUUACGGUAGUCAGGGUAGCACAAGUUCCCUCAACAAUCUGCUUUCCCUUAACAACUACCAGAGAAGCCGGAAAGCAGCAGCUGCAGAUGAUGCUUCUGAAGUAAGAAAAUCGCUGUUAGCGUCUACCUCGACUUUUUCGUGA